AUGGUUAAGCUGGAGAGAGACCUGGAAGAUCCUCUGGGCUUGGAUCCUUUUCCCAGUGUCCUGGGCAGUCCUGAGGGGCCAGGAGAAGCCCAGAGCCUGGAGCUGGAACCUCUGGAAUUGCCGGAGUCCGGAGGAGUCUCCAAGGGUCCACCUGCUGGUGAUUCUCAGCCUGGGCACCAGUUCCUGGGAAACCCUCCUGAAUCCUUGGAGAAAACGCCCGAGGAAAGACAGGAGGAGAGAGACUCGAGAGGGACAAACUCUUCUCUCCUCGGGGGCUUGGCUGUGCCCCCACCGUUCCCAGAGGAUGAUCUGCAAGGAAACCAGUCCCUGGAGAUUCCUGAGCCCUUGGAAAAGACGGAGGAAGCACAACCACAGCUGGAGGCCAGCCAGGAAAACCGGGAUUCAGGGAACGGCUCCGCAUUCCCGAGGCGCAUCCGGACCAGGAGAUCUCCCGAGGAACACACGGAAAAAAUCCCGUUUCCCAACCCUGUGGAAGAUCCCGGAGGAGCCAACGCCCCUUUCCCGGCGGCUCCGUCUCCCAUCCGUCCUCCCGGAGCUCCGGGAGCUCGGAAAUUCCCGGCGGGAUCCACGGAGGAGGGAACUAUCCCGGCAGAUCCCCCUUCCCGGGGCCAAAAGGGAGAAACGGGAGCUCCCGGAAUCCGCGGGGACAAAGGAGAAAAGGGACAGCCCGGAGAGGCGGGAAAACCCGGAGAAAAGGGCUCCAAAGGGGACACGGGAGAAGAAGGUCAGAAGGGAGAACCAGGAAUUGGGUUCAGAGGUCCCGUUGGUCAGGCUGGGCCACCUGGAUUUAAGGGCGAGCCGGGAGCCCCGGGACCUCCAGGAGCUCAGGGCAUCCAGGGCAUCCGCGGCAACGCCGGAAUUCCCGGAUCCCAGGGGGACAGAGGGGCUCCAGGUCUGCCUGGGAUGCCGGGACAGAAGGGGGAACGCGGGAGGAGAGGCCGGAAUGGAAUCCCUGGGCCCGCGGGAGCGUCGGGAUCGCCGGGAAAAGAGGGGAUUCCCGGGACACCUGGACCCAAAGGCAACAAGGGAGAAUCCGGCGUCGGAGCCUCCGGCCCCAGAGGUCCCCGUGGAAUUCCUGGCCCUCGGGGUGACGAGGGCAUCGUGGGACUCCGGGGUCCCGUGGGAAUGAUGGCUUCCCCCCCCGGGAAAGAGGGGUUGGGAUUUAUCCUGCAGGCCGAAUUCCCACCAGGAAGCCCCCACCCUUUAGCUGGAAUCAUCCUCCCCUUGGCCUCCUUCUCCCACAUCCCACCCGGAAUCCUUGGGAAGAGCCGAGAACUGUGA